AUGAACAAACAACCCCAUUGUCUAUUGGAAUUUAUAAUCGUGCUUGAUGAAAAAGCAAAUAAAAGUAACAAGUUCUGUGUCUGUCAAGAAUGUGUAAUUGGUUCUUCUUAUGAAAAUGCAUAUAAUAAUAAGUUUGCAAACACAAAAGAGUUAGUUCGCCAUCACUUAAAAAAUUGCAUAUAUUUUAAACAAAAAUAUAGUGAAUCUGAACAAGCAGAAAUUCUAGUCAAAUCAGAUAAAGUGGUUUCAACAACUAAUAAUUCUUUUCAAGAAAGUAUCAAUAAUAAUUCUGCUACUGAAUCAGAAGUUUCUUUGCCUUUAAGUAAAGAUCAACAGAAACAUUUUGAACAACUUUCACUUAAAGCAACUGUUUCAUAUAGUUUGGCUUUUUUUUGGAUAGAAAACCCAGAAAUAAAGGUGCUUAUUGAGUUUCUCUAUCCACCAGUUAAACUGCCCUCACAAAAAAAGCUUGGUGGCCAAAUUUUAGCAGAAUAUGCACAAAAUAUAACUAAAUCAAUUAAAGAAAUAGCUCAAAGUGAUAAAAAUUGUGUUACAUUAGCAUAUGAUUGUUGGAAAAAUAUAAAAAAAGAGUUAAUUUUCAAAAGUGUUUUAAUUACUUCGAAGGGUAAAAUUCUUGUUUGGAGUGCAGAAGAUAUAUUAAAUGAAUGUAUGAAAUGGCCUGAUGUUCUUCUCGAACCAUAUAUGGCAUUAUUAAAUAAACUUCAGCAAGAUAAAGACUGCCUUACUGAAGUUUUGCAUAGUUUUGGAUGGAUUGUACACUAUUAUAAAUCUUGGUUUGGUAAACCUCCACAUUCUAUUUUGCAUGAAUUGCAACAUUAUGAAAGUGAAGAAUACCCAUUUGAUAAAGAAACUUUUGACCAAUAUAGUGGUAAUAUGCUAAACUAUUGGAGUUUUUGUAAAGAAAUUGCUGUAGAAUUGCAUCUUGUGGCA